AUGGCUCGUUUUCCUUCGGAGGAGAAGGAUGUUGUUAUCUGCAGAGCUCCUGGGGGUCCACCACGGACCCAGAGGUUCUUUGACAAUUUUGGCACCUUGUCUUCUGACUCUGGAGUCAUGGGCAACCCCAGGGUCAAAGCCCAUGGCAGGAAGGUGCUGACCUCCUUUGAUGCCCUUAAGCACACACAUGACCUCAAGGGCACCUUGGCAUGUCUAAGUGAGCUGCACUGUGUCAAGCUGCAGGUGGAUCCUGAGAACUUCAGGCUCCUAGGGGCUGAACAGAUAUUGACUGUCUUAGCAACCCACUUCAGCGGGGACUUUACCCCCCAGAGGCAGGCUGCCUGGCAGAAGCUGACAGAUGAUAUGGCUAAUGCUCUGGCCCACAAGUACCACUAG